AUGCGAGUGGUAAACCAUUCCACAGUCACUGAUUUCACCCUUGCUGGCUUAACGGAGAAGCCAGAGCUCCAGCUGCCCCUCUUGUUCCUCUUCCUGGGAAUUUACGUGUUCACAGCAGUGGGCAACCUGGGCAUGAUCACCCUGAUUUGGCUCAGUUCUCACCUGCACAUCCCCAUGUACUAUCUCCUCAGCAGUCUGUCCUUCAUUGACCUCUGUCAGUCUACUGUCAUCAUCCCCAAAAUGCUGGUCAGCUUUGUGACAGAGAAGAAUGUCAUCUCCUUCUCAGAAUGCAUGGCUCAGUUCUACUUAUUCAGUGCAUUUGCCAUCUCAGAGUGUCACAUGUUGGCUGCCAUGGCGUAUGACCGCUAUGUUGCCAUCUGUAAGCCUUUGCUUUACCAUGCUACCAUGUCUUCUCAAGUCUGUUGCUUGAUGGUGGCUGCGGUGUAUGGCAUGGGUUUAGUUGGUGCCACAGCUCAUACCAUCUGCUUGCUGAGAGUGCUUUUCUGCAAGGCAGAUGUAAUAAAUCAUUACUUCUGUGAUCUUUUACCACUACUGGAACUCUCCUGCUCCAGUACUUUUAUCAAUGAGGUGGUGACACUGUGCUUCAGUGCAUUUAAUAUUUUUCUCCCAACUCUCACUAUCCUUAUCUCCUACAUCUUCAUCAUAGCCAGCAUCCUCCGCAUCCGCUCCACUGCCAGCAGGUCCAAAGCCUUCCACACCUGCAGCUCUCAUGUCUUGGCUGUGGCUGUCUUCUUUGGCUCUCUAUCAUUCAUGUAUCUGCAGCCCACAUCAGUCAGUUCCAUGGACCAAGGGAAAGUGUCCUCUGUGUUUUAUACUACUGUGGUGCCCAUGCUGAACCCUCUGAUUUAUAGCCUGAGGAAUAAGGAUGUCAAAAUUGCCCUAAACAAGAUCCUUGAAAAGUUUCUUAUGAAAUAG